UCCGUCCGCCCGCGGCCCUGUCAGCAGGAGCGCGGCGCUGGAGCUGCCCGGCGGCUCUGGCCAGCCGUCCUGGCGGUGCAGCGAACCCGGAGCAGCCUUGGAUGUUGAUGGACCCACGAAGUUAAGUUCUGGGCUCGCGCGGCUACUCCGCUGCUCCUUCCUCCCGGUUUCCGUCGGCUCGCGGCACUGACUGCGUCCUCCCCCCCACCCCCCCAGGAUCUCGGGCCAGCCCUUGCGCCCCCUCCGCUCCGCGCUGCGCUCCCCCCCUUCUCGGCUCUCCGGCGGCUGGGGGAGGGGCGGGGGUCACCAUGGCCGAAGCGCCUCAGGUGGUGGAGAUCGACCCGGACUUCGAGCCGCUGCCCCGGCCGCGCUCGUGCACCUGGCCGCUGCCCAGGCCGGAGUUUAGCCAGUCCAACUCGGCCACCUCCAGCCCGGCGCCGUCGGGCGGCGCGGCCGCCAACCCCGACGCCGCGGCGGGCCUGCCCGCAGCCUCGGCGGCCGCUGUCAACGCCGACUUCAUGAGCAACCUGAGCCUGCUGGAGGAGAGCGAGGACUUCCCGCAGGCGCCCGGCUCCGUGGCAGCGGCCGCGGCGGCGGCGGCGGCGGUGGCGGCGGCGGCCGCGGCUGCCGCCACCGGGGGACUGUGCGGGGACUUCCAGGGCGCAGAGGCGGCGGGCUGCCUGCACCCGGCGCCGCCGCAGCCGCCGGCGCCCGGGCCACUGUCGCAGCACCCGCCGGUCCCCCCCGCGGCUGCUGGGCCGCUCGCUGGGCAGCCGCGCAAGAGCAGCUCGUCCCGCCGCAACGCGUGGGGCAACCUGUCCUACGCCGACCUCAUCACCAAGGCCAUCGAGAGCUCGGCCGAGAAGCGGCUCACGCUGUCUCAGAUCUACGAGUGGAUGGUCAAGAGCGUGCCCUACUUCAAGGAUAAGGGCGACAGCAACAGCUCGGCGGGCUGGAAGAAUUCAAUUCGCCACAAUCUGUCUCUACACAGUAAGUUCAUUCGUGUACAGAAUGAAGGAACUGGAAAAAGUUCUUGGUGGAUGCUCAAUCCAGAGGGAGGCAAGAGUGGAAAAUCUCCCAGGAGAAGAGCUGCCUCCAUGGACAACAACAGUAAAUUUGCUAAGAGCCGGGGCCGAGCUGCCAAGAAAAAAGCAUCGCUCCAAUCUGGCCAGGAGGGUGCUGGGGAUAGUCCUGGAUCUCAGUUCUCCAAAUGGCCUGCAAGCCCUGGCUCUCACAGCAACGACGACUUUGAUAACUGGAGUACAUUUCGCCCUCGGACUAGCUCAAAUGCUAGUACUAUUAGUGGGAGACUUUCUCCCAUUAUGACCGAACAGGAUGAUCUUGGAGAUGGGGAUGUGCAUUCUAUGGUGUACCCACCGUCGGCUGCCAAGAUGGCUUCUACUCUGCCCAGUCUGUCUGAGAUAAGCAAUCCUGAAAACAUGGAAAACCUUUUGGAUAAUCUCAAUCUUCUCUCAUCACCAACAUCAUUAACUGUUUCCACCCAGUCUUCACCUGGCAGCAUGAUGCAGCAGACACCAUGCUACUCGUUUGCACCGCCAAACACCAGUCUGAAUUCACCCAGCCCAAACUACCAAAAAUACACUUACGGGCAAUCCAACGUGAGCCCGUUGCCCCAGAUGCCUAUGCAAACACUUCAGGACAGCAAAUCAAGUUAUGGAGGCUUGAAUCAGUACAACUGUGCACCGGGACUCUUGAAGGAGUUACUUACCUCUGAUUCUCCUCCCCAUAAUGACAUUAUGUCACCAGUUGAUCCUGGGGUGGCCCAACCCAGCAGCCGGGUCCUGGGCCAGAAUGUGAUGAUGGGCCCUAAUUCGGUCAUGCCAGCCUAUGGCAACCAGGCAUCUCAUAACAAAAUGAUGAAUCCCAGCUCCCAUCCUCACCCUGGACACACUCAGCAAACGUCUGCAGUUAACGGGCGUGCCCUGCCACACUCGGUGAACACCAUGCCUCACACCUCGGGUCUGAACCGCAUGACCCCAGUGAAGACAUCUGUACAAGUGCCUCUGCCCCACCCCAUGCAGAUGAAUGCCCUGGGCAGCUAUGCCUCAGUGAGCAGCUGCAAUGGCUAUGGCAGGAUGGGCGUUCUCCACCAGGAGAAGCUCCCCAGUGACUUGGACGGCAUGUUUAUUGAGCGCUUGGACUGUGACAUGGAGUCUAUCAUUCGGAAUGACCUCAUGGAUGGAGAUACGUUGGAUUUUAACUUUGACAAUGUGUUGCCCAACCAAAGCUUCCCACAUAGCGUCAAGACGACGACACACAGCUGGGUGUCAGGCUAAGAGUCAGUGAGCAGGCUACACUUAAAAGUACUUCGAAUUAUCUGACAACAGGAACUGAGAGAAGCAGUCCAAAGAAGUCUUUCACCCUUCCUUUUAGUUUUCUUGAUUAAAAAAAGAGAGGGGAGGGGGGAACCCUUCCUUUUUUUUUCUUUUUUUUUUUUUUCCUUUCGUCAGACUUGGCAGCGAAGACACUUUUCCUGUACAGGAUGUUUGCCCGAUGUUUGCAGGUUAUGUGCUGCUGUAGAUAAGGACUGUGCCAUUGGAAAUUUCAUUACAAUGAAGUGCCAAACUCACUACACCAUAUAAUUGCAGAAAAGACUUUCAGAUCCCGGUGUGCUUUCAAGUUUUGUAUAUAAGCAGUAGAUACAGAAUUGUAUUUGUGUGUGUGUUGUUGUUGUUGUUGUUGCUGUUGUUUUUUAAUAUCCUUUUGGUCCAAGGAAAGUUUAUACUUUUUGUAAUACUGUGAUGGUCUCAUGUCUUGAGAAGUUAAACUUUUGUUUGUACUACCUGUGUUCUGCUGAACUGACGAAUCACAAAGAACCAAGGUCUUCUCUGCACCUCUGCUGAGCAGCUUGGGACCUGUUCGUGAUGCCACAGGAUUCACAUGAGAACCAAGUAGCCUGUUUGCAAUCUGCUGAAUAAUGGACUUGUCAGACUUUUGGGGGGAGAAUAGAUUAAAUGCCAGCCUUGUACAGGUCUUUUCUAUUUUCGUUUAUUUUGUUAUUUGCAAAUUUGUACAAACAUUUAAAUGGUUCUAAUUUCCGGAUAAAUGAUUUUUGAUGUUAUUGUUGGGACUUGAGAUCAUUUUUGGAAUAGAUAUUGAACUGUAAUGUUUUCUUAAAACUAGAGUCUACUUUGUUACAUUGUCUGCUUGUAAAUUUGUGGAAUCACAGGUAUUUGGGGGUAACAUUCAUAAUUUUCAUUUUGUAUUUCUAACUGGAUUAGUACUAAUUUUAUACGUGCUUUAACUGGUUUGUACACUUUGGGAUGCUAUUUGGUGAUGUUUCUGACUGAUCUUAAAUCAUUGUAAUUAGAACUUGCAUACUCAACGUUUCUCGCCCUGUUUGGGCAAGAAAGUGAUGUAUAGUUUAAGGACACUUGGCGUUUCAUAUAUAUGAGAACUUAAUAUGUUUUUAUGUAUGUAUUUUAAACAGAUUUCACCUGCUUCUAUUAUUAUUCUGUGAACCAUGUGCACUGCCUAGUGUUGAGUCUUUGGAUAGAGGCCUGUGUGUUGCAUUGUUACGUCGUUCCUAGGAAGCCUUGUAAUGUUUAUAGAUCAGAGAGGGAGACCUAAAGCAACACUUCUUUGUCAGAUUAGAGAUUGUGAUAAGCUUAACCUUUUUGAGUUAAGCUGCAGCACAGAUUCUGCCUCAUAAUUCUUUGCUCUUUUUUUUUUGAGCAGCUGGAGGUUGAUUUUUUUUUUUUUCUAAGCCCUGUCUUGAGGAAUCAUGUCCACACCACACUCACUCUCCAUCCCGCUCUCCCUUUUGUCCAGCAGAGGACUUAGUGCACUGUGGAAAUUUAAGAUGAAGGGGGAAACCAUUGAUUUUGUAGAAUGCUUUUGUAUACUUAAGUACAGAUGGCUACAAAGUGGAAUACAACUUGUUUAAACAUUGAGGCAAUUAAUUUAAAAACCAGCAAACCAUCUGUAAGUUUGUGCAUUUGAAUUUAUUUUAAAAGCCUUAGCUUCAGUUAAGAAUUGGAGAAUUUCUUCAGACUUCAGCAACGUAAAUGAUAAUUCCUAUCAUUAUGUUUCAAUAAUUUCCAGUUAACUGACAGACCAAGUUAAUUGGCUUUGCAUCCCAUUCAGUCCAGCAGUAGUUUCAAGUCAUGUGGAAUGCCCAACGUGAUCACAAUAAAAGAAACAGGUGCACAGUAGUGCUUCUCCUGCCUUCUUGUGAAGCCUCCGAUUUCUGUGUACAUAGCCCAAACCAUACACUCUGGCUUGGUUUUUCCUAUGUGUCUCACAAGAAAACAAGUGGUCCUGAUAGAUUCCCAGUAACAGGCCAGCUCUCUUGUAAACUUCCCUCCAUGGCUCUUACUAGUUUGAAAACUGGCUAAACAGCCACCGCUCCAAAAUGACUAGUGUUCGGAAACCUUCGUUCCUUUAAGUAGUGCCUGGUGUGUCUGUAGUAGAACUUGUUGGUGCCCAAGUACUGGUGUUCUCAUCUUGUCUCAUCACUGUUCCACAAGCGGCCUCCUAGCUGCUGUUUGCUCAUUAAAGAGGCAACAGCUAAAGUAACUGUAAAAAUCAGACUGUUUCCUAGAGGGACUUUUUAGAAAGAUGUUUCUUCCUCCUCAUACCAGCCUCCCCUCCUCAAGUUUUUCUUUGUGUUGAAAUCCUAACAGGAAUCCUGAUAGCUCCCUGGGGUACAGCAAAGGCCAGGGAAAGGCAUCGUGUCUGUUUUGAAAGCAAACAUUUUGCAGUCUCUGGUAGCUCUUUUCUCUGUAAGAAUACUGACUUUCCAGAGUAACCAGUGUAUUAGGUAUUGUACAUGAUUGCUUUGUGAAAUGUGCAAAUGGUAUCACCUAUGCAGCCUUGUUUGAUUUAUUUUCUCUGGUUUGUACUGUUAUUAAACGCAUAUUGUAUUAUAGAGCUAUUCAGAUAUUUUAAAUAUAAAGAUGUAUCGUUUCCUUAAUAUAGAUGUAUGGAAUAUAUUUAGGUAUUAGAUGCAUUACUUGGAAAGUUCUGCUUUGACAAACUGACAAAGUCUAAAUUAAUUAGCAAGCUUAUCCCAGUGAGCAGUAAAUCAAUGGAACAUCCCAAGAAGAGGUUAAGGACACUUAAAUUGGCAACAGUUCUCCAAAGGUAUGCAAUUUGAACUGGAUAUACGUUACCAAUACUCUCCCUCCCUUCAGCGCCUAACAUGCUUGAAAUUUAGAUUCAGCUCUUAAAAGUUCUUAAUUUAUAACUGAUUUUUAAGUGAGAAGUUUUUCUUGUGGUUUUAAUUUGUGAAUAGUCAUUCAGUGGUUCAUGCAAAGUUGGCAGCCCGGCCUGACAGAUGGCACCUCCUAUAGGCGGGGCCCUGCGUGGCCACGUAAGUCCCGUGAGGAUACAGUCAUGCCCUCCCUCAUUUCACUACCUGAGUUCAGUAGCAGUGCAGAGUCCAUGUUCCUGUUCCGAUCCUCUGAGAAGUGCCUGAUGAUGCUGAUGUACUUACAGACACAAGAACAAUCUUUGCUAUAACUGUAUAAAGCCAUAAAUGUACAUAAAUUAUGUUUCAGUGGUUUGGUGUCUUUCUUUUCUAAUUGCACAGAAUAAGCUCUUUAUUAGGGUUUUUUGUUGUUGUUGAAUCAAGUACUUGACUUGAAAUCUUAUUAGCCACAGUGUCAUGGUUUUUCAUGUCUGAUACUUUGGUGGAGAAGGGGAACAGCCCUGGUGGGACCAAACCAUAGCUACCCCUUGAAAUGAAGAACAAGUACACUGUCUGGCAACAAGCAGUCCUGGGGUAAUUCAUCUUUGGAAUGUCUGAAACUACAUCCAGCUAGUUAUUACUAGGCUUAUUGAAUCUCAUGUCAGAACAGACUGUGCUAAAGGUAAAAACGCCUUGAAGGCAAGGUAGCAGUGUCCUGGUGAGGAGGUCCCAGAGCAGGGCACCAUGGACGAUGUGGAGGCGUCAGUGGCGCUCUCCCAGGCCACUGGGGCUGCAGCCACUGCGGUACACCUUGCUGAAGCAGGAAGAUCAGCCCUGUAGGUGGGUGCAGAUCGGAGGUUUACAUUUAUAUCUUGGGGAAAUGCCUAUGAGCUAGCAUUAGGUUAACACAGUUAAAACAUAGUUUAAAAAUUGGCUUAAACCCAGAUCCUUAACUUCUGACUCUGCCUGGUAGAUAAGUGAAUGAGUUAGAGUAGCAAGGAAUAAGAUUAUUCUAAUGUUCCCUUUAAUUGGAUACCAGAAAGCCAGUCCAAUUAACAGGGUUCUUCUCCCCCCACCCCACCUCCUUUUCCCACAGUGGGACCAUUUCAUUAAAGGACACACUAGUUAGAAAUCUGGUUUGUAGAACAGAUAAAAGCAUCCACUCCUGUACCUUGAAAGCCUGUGCACAGAUCUGUUUGAAAACUGCUGACCUAGUCCAAAUGCUGAAAAGCACCUUGAUCAUUCUGCCUGGACUCAAACUGGCUGUUCUUCCUCCCAGC